AUGGCGUUUUCUCGUAAUGGGGGACAUCAAGAUGCAAAAAAACAUGCCAAAGCUAAAGAACUAUACGAGCAAGUCUUCUACUCAUUAGACGUCAUCGAAAAGGAUUACUUUGGCCUUAGGUACAUGGACACACAACAAGUUCAGCACUGGUUGGACCCAACAAAAACAAUAAAGAAACAAGUCAAAAUUGGGCCACCCUACACAAUCAGAUUCCAAGUUAAAUUUUACUCUUCGGAACCAAACAACCUCCGCGAGGAAUUCACAAGGUACUUAUUCUUCUUACAAUUGAAAGAGGACAUUAGAACAGGGAGGCUUGAAGUUCCAUAUGAGACCGCUGUAGAACUAUGCUCUCUCGCUUUGCAAUCCGAAUUAGGAGAUUACGAGGAGGAGGAGCAUGGUCCAGAGCUGGUCUCAGAAUUUCAUUUUGUACCCAAUCAGACGGAAGAUAUGGAACUGGACAUCACAGAACAUUUCAAACAAUUGAAAGGGUUAAACCCGGCCCAGGCAGAGCUGAACUACUUAAACAGAGCCAAAUGGCUAGAGAUGUAUGGUGUAGAUCUCCACAUAGUACAGGGCCGAGAUGCACACGACUAUCAACUUGGUCUAACUCCAACUGGGAUCCUGGUCUAUGAAGGGGACAAUAAGAUAGGCCUGUUCUUCUGGCCCAAAGUGACCCGUUUAGACUUCAAAUCCAAGAAACUUCAUCUUGUCGUUGUUGAAGAUGAUGAACAGGGCAACGAGCAGCAGCACACAUUUGUAUUCCGGUUAGAAUCCUCGCAGGCAUGCAAGCAUCUGUGGAAGUGCGCCGUGGAGCAUCACGCUUUCUUCAGAUUACGAGGGCCGGUCAAAACGCAACAAGGGAGGCAAGGGUUCAUCCGUAUGGGAUCAAGGUUCAGAUACAGUGGAAGGACAGAGUUCCAGACAGCCAAAACAAACCGGUCGCGACGCUCCAUGCAAUUUGAGAGGAGGCCAAGCCAGAGGUUUUCAAGAAGACCCUCGUAUGCAAAGAAGAAAGCUGCUGAAAUGGCCAACAGAUUUCGUGCUGGACAGUCGUCAACGUUAGGUGGAGGUGCUACAGCAACCUCUCCUACCCAGCGGACGGCUAUCAAGACGUCGCCCCGCGUCCCGCCCCACCCACCAGCGAGGCUAGCAGCCAACGCCACCGUCCACUCACCGGUCACGCCGCCCAUGGAGAAGAAACCCCCCUUGCCUCCCUCCAUCCCGGGAACCCUCACAGAAACCAACAUAGAUACAGGAGCCACGGCCGAGGUCAUCGUGGGAAGGACGGAAAAGCCGGCAAUAAUCGGCGGGACGGGACUUACGAUUUCGCUUUCGAAACCGGUUGAUGAAAGGGAUUAUAACCUUGCUGGUGGCAGUCUGAAUGAAGCAGACCGUGCACAGGCUAAGUUGAAAGGACUAGAGACCGAAGUCUGUCAUAUUCAGUCGAACUCAGCCGCAAGGGCCAUGAUGUCAAACUCAAUGCAGCAUCAACAGCAGAACAACCAGCAACAGAAACCAGUCGUGAGGGCUCAGCUACCGGCCGAACAUAUGAAACUUAAUCCCAUCAAGGCCAUGAUGGAUGAGAAGAAUAAGAUGCCUAGCACACAAACAGAGAAGGUUGCAGAUAAUAAAUACAAGCUCCUUCAAACCCCUCAGAAUUUGGAUAUGGACUUGGAUGAGGAAGGCAACUUCAGAUUGAGUGGCAGAUUAGAAAGACGCCACAAUUCUCUGCCCCCUCCCUCCAGCGACGCUCCCCUCCGCGUUGAGCACAGAGUCAGCAAACAGUUCUCUAGCAUGCGGAAUGUGGGAGCUGAUGAGAAAGGAAAUGAACCUUUGAAGGGCGCCACCAACGGACCUGUCGUCAAUACCCAGUACUCACUCAACGGCGCCAUGGUUGUCAAUGGCAACAGCAAUGUGGACCUGGAGGGAUCAGAUCCUAAGGUACCUUUAAGGUCUGGGCUCACCCCUCCUCCACCCACGAGCGACCUCGCUUCUCCGACCUCGCCCAAAGUCAGUAACCAUGACGCCGCCCUGAUGAUGCAGAGCGGGAAAUCCAAGAUGGCCGCCGGCGCGGGGGUAGGAGACGGAGCUUCUCCUGUCGUGCUGUCUGCAUGUGGCCUGCCAAUAGAGGGCAGUGUUGAAGAACCUUCGGAAUUGAAUGUUUCUGGAGUGUAUGGUGAUGGGUUCGUUGGGAUUGGUGGUGCCUCCUUAGUGUCUACGCCAUCAGUAAUAUCGGCUUGUGCUAGUAGUCCAGCGAGUAAACUGGAACAACUGGAAACGCAAACGAAACCAGUGAAUGGAUCUACCAAUGCCCGGAAGAUAUCUGUUCUCUCCCGCAAAUCAUCCUCCUCUGCUUCGAUGAGCAGUAACAACGCAUCCGUCGCCGCAUCACCCAUUACGAACGGGUCAGGGGUCGGCAUGAACGUCAGCGCAUCGUCAUGGCAACCUGUCAACAGCCCCACGAACGCAAUGGGUGUCGGCUACACCUCACCGGGUGGCACCGUGACAACGUCUACAAAGCGGUGUACGCUCACAACUGAACUAUGAUGGCGCUGUGCUAGUAGGAGACAUCUCUGUGGCAGUUUCAGUCAAUCCCUUACGUCCAGAACGUGCUUGUGUGGUCUCUAGAACUCACUGUAAGGAUGCCAUCUCCUUUCAAGUUUCAAGUCACUGUAGAUGAAGGUCGAAUCAUCACUGUACGCAUAAACAUUGCGGAGAGAAGAAGGGAUGUACACAACUCUCUUCAACUAAAAAGUUGAUUAUUCAUAUACCAAUCUACAGAGAGAGCACAUCCACAUUGCCUGUGUUUGAAUAUAUUAGCUUGGUGGAGUUCAAACUUGAAUGACUUUGCGCUUGCUGAUCAAGAAUACCAUGGCAGUGUGGCAAGACCAUGAAAUAUAUAAUUUUGUAUUGACAAAAAUUGGCAAUUAUUUGAUGAUUAAAUGUAUUCCAAGAAAGUAAAAGAACAAUUAUCGAACCAGAUAACAAUUUGCAACUUUAAAGGAAAUGAAGAAAAUAUUUGUAAGAUGGUUAUUUUUCACAUUCAGAAGACAAGCCAAUUUUUUUAUACUCACCAUCUUUUUUUGACAUCUCAAUAUUAUUGGUUUUAUCUUUCUAAAAUUGUCUUUUCAUUUUGAAAUAUAUUUUUACCAGCUCUUUAUUGAGAUUGCCAAACUUGUGCACCUGUAAUAAUACCUUUUUCAAAGUCAUGAAAAAUUAUGUCUUUUUUUAAGACAAGACUUCAUACUUACACACAUUUAUAAAGCUCUUUACACAGUUUUAUACUUUUAUGGUGUAACUGUAAAGCUUUCAGAAGGUAUAUUUCUCUCUCUCUCCCUCUCUGACGCUCUUUAUUUUGUGUGCCAUUUGUGUCUUCGAAUUGAAAUAAAUCGGGUUACAAAUACAGUGUAAAUGAGAGAAAAUAUAUAACCAAUUCAGCAAAGUUAUUUUUUAUAGUCCUCAUUCAAUUUUUCAAGCAAUUUUACUAGAUAUCUGUACAGGCUUGAUUAUAGCCUCAUAUGGGCUCUAUUAAUCUCUUAGAAAAUUAUUGUGUAAGUAGAUCCAUGAUAUGACUGUCUUACCAACAAUUAUAAAAGCCUUGCCUCUAAAAACAUAUUGCUCAUUUCAACAAACAUAAUAUUAACAACAUUCAUAAUCUAGUUAACUAUAUUACUUAUUAAUUUCUAUUCUGAGUAUUCAAACAAACAAACAAAAUCAAAGAGAGUUCUUGCUUUUCAUUUUUUACGAAAUAUUGAAGAAAAAAAUGGAAUUGUUUCUCUGAAAUCCUUUGAAAUUGAGAAAUAAAAUCUAUGAUCUUUGUUGAUACUUUUUCCUUACUCUGUCAUUGCAAGCUAUUGAUGAUAAUGGGUUUGUGUACAAACAUGAAUUGAAUAUAUAGAGUAUGAAAUUAAAUAUCAUUUUUGCCUUUCAUGGUAUCUUUAAAAAAGAAAUUUGCCUUUUUCAACAAAUUGAAAUAUGCUUUCUUCAUCUACCUAUCUCAUUCAUUUGAUACUUAAUUAUAAAUGCAUAUUGUGAUUCCAAUGUAUUCAAAUACAUACUAAUGAUUUGAACAAAUUUUAUGUUGUAAUCUAUGUCAUGUAUAUGUUAUUUAGACUUGUACAUAUGUGUAAACUAUUGACAUUUAACAAAGAGUAUUUAAGAAGAAAGGAAUUUCUCAUUCAUGGUGUAUUUUUUGCAAAUCGGGAUGUACAUUUCAACAAUGAAUUUUGAUAUUAAUAAUGAAAGCUUUGUUAUUCAACCCCUUGUAAUAUUUGCCCUUAUCUUUUUUCCAAUCUGUAUUCCCAUAUUUCUCUUCUGAACAUAUAUAUAUUUGCAUGUAUUCCAGAUAGUACUAUGAAGUAUCGGAAGUAUAGAGAUGCCUGAAUUUCUACUGUCUAAACUCUUCCCUCAAAGUAUAUUUAUUACAUGUGUAUUCCACUAUCCCCAUACCUUGAUUUAAUCCUAAUUUUAGAUUUUUCUUCUUCUUUGCAUGGAAUUAGGAACAAAAUCAUUUGUAUUCAUAAUUUGAUGACAUUGAUUCCUAUUUAAUAUCAACUGAACUCAUUUUGUCUGUAUUCAUUAUUUGAAAAUAUUGAUUCCUACUUAAGUGGCUACCUAACUCAUUAGCUUUUAAAGUAAGACAGCGUACGUGUUUUAAACUCUUAAUAGGAUGAGAAGAUUAAGUAAUCUGUUUUGUACUCAUGAUCUGACAGAGUUUGUCGAAAGAAAUCAUGCUCAAUUCAAGUAAAGUUCACUAACAUGAAAUUUUGCAAAUCUACAUAAACUUGAAUCUGUCUAGGUCCAUGAUAAUGUUCACAUUUGUGUCUGUAAUUCAACAGUUAUAAAUAUUCUAGUGAUAGAGAUACCCUUGAAUUUUAUGUAUGUGCAUUUCAAUAUAUUUACUGAAUUUGGAGAUAGGAGUAUCUACUUAUAAGAUGAAGUAUGUUUUGUAUCCAGAAACAUAAUGAGGCACUACCUAAUGUUUUAAUGUCAUUUGAAGGAUGAGAUUAUUCAAAAGAUCAUGAAAUAUGUGAAGAACUCAUCUCGAAAGCAUUUAACGGUUUUGAAUGAAAUUCUAGAUGUAUUUCAUUUUGAAUGGAUUAAUCUGUACCAUGCAUCAGAGCUUUAGAAAGUGAAUAUGGUUUGAACAAAAGUCACUCUUAAAUUUAUUACCAGGUAAGAUAUGUACUGUAAGUUCACAGUUAUAUACAGUAUUAGAUUUCCUGUAUAAACUCUGACUUGUGAAAUUAUAUUUAUUGCUAUUUCAUGUCUAUUAAGAUCAAAGUCUACUCUUGUUGAAGUAUCAAGUACAAUGCACAUACACUUAAAAUUAUCUUUAAAAUCAAUAGUUUUAAGGGUCGACAUAGGUUUCCAGUUGUAUUUAAGAAAAAAUUGUCUGCCCCAUGCUAAGUUUCAUGAACAAUAUACAACAUGUAUGUAAAAUUUAGCACAAAAAAAGGUUAAGAUUCAUGAUUUCAUUAAGGUUUUAUCUUUUUCUAUUUCUUGCCAUUUUAUGAGAAUCACAGUAGGCCUACACUUCAUGAUAAUGUACUGAAAAAUUAUUUACGGGAUCCAUUGAUGCGUUUUUGAUAAAGUGGGUCAUUCUUUGUCUCUGAUUUCAAAGGAUGAAGAUUCGAUUUCAAGCAUGGCUCUUAUCGUUAGGUUGAUAAUACCUUAUUCCUCAAAAUUUAUCAAGAAAUGUUGCCAUAGCUAGGAUUUGAACCCAAGACCCGUCUAUUUGAAAGACAAGAGUCAGAACCAUUAAACAGACAAACUGGUACUGGACUGACAGUGCUAUGCCUGUCUGAAAUUUGAAAGAUUUCUGAUAUACCAAUUACAUUAUUUUUUAAAUUUUCAUAAUUCCCAUUUACAUAUAUAUGUGUACCCUUUUUGUAAUUGUUAUAAUGAAUGUACUUCUGUUGGGAGUUAAAUGUAUAUUUAGGCAAUGUAACAAAAUUGGAAAUGGACAAAUUAAUAUUCAGGUGCUGGGUUUACAGUAUUUUUGAAUUAUAUUUUUAACCAUUUUUUAAAGGCCGCCGAUUUUAUAUGACUUAGUCCCUUAACCUAAAGUUUAUGUAUUUUUGAAUUAAAUAUUAUUUUAUUUAUACAGUUUGUAUUACCUGCUUAAAUCCAAAGUUAUAUUUAUUCAACAUAGAUACAUUAAGGGGUGCUUUUUUAUUUUGUAUUUCAUUCUCCUAUUUUAAGUUCAUAUAAUAUUACUUAUUCUUCAUCAAGUUAAGUUAAGUAGUUAAGUAAAUUCACUUGAUAAAAUAUAUUUAUUAGAGUUAUUCAUUUCCUGGUGUUCCUGUGUGAUACAUGUAUUCAUCUGGAAUAUUCUUGGUUCGUAGAUUCAGCAAUUUGUCAAAUUUAUUCAGCCUAAAAUUUCACUCAAGUCAUCUAUAAUUUUCAGACUCGUGAUGAAGUAGUACGUGAUCAGAUCUAAAAAAAAAAAUAUUAAUUUAUUGUUGAUAGGUCUGGUCUUCGUAUUCCAUUUACAUCAAAAUUGGUAAUUGCCAAUAAAGGUAUAAUUUCCAUUUGUAUAGCACAGCUACUAUAA